AGUUGUCUGGGCUUUGUAAGUGCCCGUAGUUUUAAAGGGGCCGUGUCUCUCAUCGGGGAUUGCAGUUGAUUGCUUCUCUGCAGAGGUCAACGAGGAAUUGACAAAAGAUGGGUCACGGCCACGAACACGGACAUGGCCUUUCAAUGCCAGAUUACAAACAGUGGAAAGUGGAGGGGACCCCCCUGGAGUUCACACAGGAGAGACUGGCAAGGAGGGGGCUGAAAGACCCCUGGGCUCGAAAUGAGGCAUGGAGGUACAUGGGAGGCUUCGCUAAGCCAACCACCUUUAAAGAUGUCUUCUUCAGGGGCUUCAAAUGGGGUUUUGCAGCUUUCGUUGUGGCUUUGGGCGUUGAGUAUGCCCUGUUCCCUCCAAAGAAGAGUGGAGAUCACUAGAAAGUUUAAAAUUCCCAGGACUUUAAACAUGCAAUUUAAUAUCCUUACAGGAGAACAUGAAGCAAUUCCCACAUCUCUUGAAGAUAUUGUGAUAUCCACAAUUUAACAGAAUACUGUGCGGCUAAAUAAGACAAAACCUUACGCACCCCUUCUCCUGAGUAAACUUCUAAUGUACAGAAAAAACUAAAAUGUUUUUCUUUAGAAAUAAACACUUAUACAUUUAA